CAAAAUAUUCACUUCAGUUUUUAGUGAGGUUGCUGGCAGGCGGCAUGACGAUGGUGCUGCAAACAAGCUAGCCAAUAUUUAAGCAAAGCAAUGAAGCCGUGAAAGUAACGAAGAGGGUAAUUGUUUUGGAUAUUUUUGAAGACUUUUUUCGUAAUUCCCCUCGCUAACCGUUGUCAACUGUCAGCCCGCUGUUACUCUGUGUGCCUCAGACAUUGGUCUAGUUAGCUUGUUCAGCUGGUUUAAAGUUGACUAACAGCAACAAGAAGUCGGAAAAAACGUAUGUGAAGUGUUACCUGUGAAGAAUACUGCUCCUCUGCCGGCAGUGCAGAUGCCUCGCUUGGAAAAGUCAAAUGGCAGAGGGACAAAAAGACCAAAACUGGACUGGAAGUUUGCUCAGAGGUUCUGCAGCAUCCAGAGGGUCUUGUUCCCAUCAUGGAGCAGUCAAAGCGUCCUGAUGUUUGGGACGCUGCUUGUUGUCACACUGAUAGAGCAGCUGAUCAUUUACCAAGUGGGUGUCCUCCCCAGUCACUUCUACAAUGUGCUAGCAGACAAAGAUUACUCAGGCUUCAGGAGUCUGGUGGGAAAAGCUAUGGUGCUCAUUUUGGUCAACUCCACACUGAAAAGCCUCGACCAGUACAUUUGCAAUCAGAUGUAUGUUAGCUGGAGGAGGACGCUAACUGAGAGCCUCCAUACAGCCUACUUCCAGGGUCGAGUCUAUUACACACUCAAUGUACUCAGAGAAGACAUAGACAACCCAGACCAGCGGAUCAGUCAGGAUGCAGAGAGGUUGUGUAAGCAGAUGAGCACCAUGGCAAGUCGCUUGAUCGUCUCACCGUUCACAUUGGCUUACUACACCUACCACUGCUUUUACAGCACUGGCUGGAUCGGUCCUGUGAGUAUCUUUGCCUACUUCGUGGUUGGGACCAUUGCCAAUAAAAUCCUAAUGGGGCCGAUUGUGUCUACUCUGUUUGAGCAAGAAAAACUAGAGGGAGACUUCAGAUUCAAGCACAUGCAAAUCCGUGUUAAUGCAGAGUCUGCAGCUUUUUACAGAGCUGGUAAAGUGGAGCACACGAGGACCAACCGAAGACUGCAGGCUCUGUUAGAAACUCAAAAGAGUCUAAUAAAUAAAGAGCUCUGGCUCUAUAUCGGGGUGAAUACCUUUGACUACCUCGGAGGUUUCCUCAGCUACAUUAUAAUCGCCAUUCCCAUCUUCACUGGUGUCUAUGAUGGUCUCACUCCUGGCGAGCUUAGUGCACUCAUCAGUAAGAACGCCUUUGUGUGCAUCUACUUGAUAAAUGGCUUCACGCAGCUAAUAGACCUGUCAACCACUCUGUCAGAUGUGGCUGGAUACACCCACAGGAUUGGGGAGCUGAGGGAGGUGAUGGAUGACAUCCUACGCAAGCAGUGCGACUACGACCCAGCGUCAGGAGAAAGCUACGACUUUGACAGUGACUUCAACAUCCACGCAGGCCCAGUGGACACUGCCUUCAUCCUGGACCAUCUCUCAUACAAAUCUCCUUACUCGGACCAGCUGCUGGUGGAGGACCUGAGUCUGAAAAUCAGUCAGGGAACUCACCUGCUGGUGGUGGGGAACACCGGCACCGGCAAGACAUCGCUACUGAGGGUCCUCAACAGACUCUGGGAGGCACAUAGCGGCUUUGUCCAGAUGACGACAUGUUUUGGGCCCAGAGGAACCCUCUUCCUGCCACAGAAGCCAUACCUGACUGAUGGCACACUGCGUGAACAGGUGAUCUACCCACUGAAGGAUAUUUACCCUGCAUCAGGGUCAGUGGACGAUGACAGAAUUAUACAAUUCCUGGAACUAGCUGGAGUGUCCAGUCUCCUGAAGCGGACAGGUGGGCUGGAUGAACAGGUGGACUGGAACUGGUAUGAUGUCCUGUCUCCAGGUGAAAUGCAGCGUCUCUGCUUUGCACGACUUUUCUACCUGCAGCCCAAAUAUGCAGUUUUGGAUGAGGCCACCAGUGCUUUGACAGAGGAGGCAGAGGCACAACUGUACCGGACCUGUAAACAGCUUGGCAUGACUUUGAUCAGUCUGGGUCACCGCAGCAGCUUGGAGAAGUACCAUGAUGUCCAGUUAAAACUAUGUGGAGGCGGCCGAUGGGAGUUAACCAAGUUAAAAGGAGGCAGCAGCAGCAUGAAUCACACAGACGAAACUACAGAGAAAUCUUUCUGAAAUCCUGAACUUGAAAUAAGCUUCAGUGUGGGAGACGAGAACAGAAAACACUCCUGAAUUCCUCAGUUACUAACACUUGAUUACUCCUCAACAAGGUACUGGAACAUUGGAGGUUGAAAUGCACAUUCACUUUGUAUGUGUUUACAUAUGUGUUCAUGUCCACAGGCAUUUUAAGAGCAAAAUAUUUUAUCCCUUGCUUUCCUGGUUGAAAAGGAGAUGAAGGAAAUGGGUGGGAGUGCAGUUUUCCUGACAGGAUGAUGGGUUGCAGGGGGAUCAUGGGUCUUGAACUAGAGAAAAAGGAAGGGUUUGGAUAACUGUACUAGUCAGCAUGAAUCCAACUAUCAUGAAAACAAAUCAGGAGAGACGAAGAAAAUUGACAAUCUAGUGCCUUUAUGUGGAAUUACAGUGGUUUAUUGUUAUAUUCACAGUCAAUAGAUGGGAAUAUUAUUACAACGGUGUGAUUCAGUUUUGUAUUAAGAACAUACAAUGCUUUUGUGCUUUUAGUAAUUCCUACAAACAGCAGAGACUACAGAGUACAUCUGUGGACAAGACAUAUAGUUUGAAAAGUUGUUUACCUGAUUUGAUUAAAAAAAUAUCAUAUGUGCAAUAAAAACAA